AAACAAAUGUCGAGAAAAUUAUUGUUCUUAAUUAUCCUUAAUUAAGUGAUGUUCAUGUCAAGGUCAAAUAGCAAGUCACGCAUCGCAAUCGAUGUAAACAAAAAAUCGAACGUAUAAACAACAACAACUUCUACAGUCGUGUCCCGGCCGGCUUUAAUUUCUUAUCAAACGAAACAUUUCCUUAAACGUCAAUAAAGAAUGGAUAAGCGUGUCACAAUCCUGCUGCCCAAUGCCCGGCGGCAGAAUGUGAGCGUCACGGCGAACAUGACGUUGCUGGAGAUCCUGGAGACGGCUUGCGCUAAGCACGGCUACGACAGCGAGGAGCACUGCCUUAAGUUUCACAACAAGGUGGUCAGCCUCACGCAACAGUUCCGCUUCAGCGGACUUCCAAACAACUGUGUUCUAGAGAUGGAGCCCACAGAGAAGCGGCGCGUACUGAGCAGCGUCGUUGUCUGUGUCCAAUUGAGCGACGGAGCCCGGGAGCAAGGCGACUUCUCCCCCAACGACACUGUGUGGCAGGUGGUUCAGAAGCUGUGCGAGUCCCAGAUUCUGGGUUAUGAGAGUCCCAUCAUUGUCUACAUGCGGAGUGAGGUCAUCGGCCAGGAGCAAAUGAGACAAACGACGUUAAAGUCACUGGGCAUCCUUGAGGGGCGCGCUAUGAUGCGCCUAAUUGACAAGAAGCCGGAGGAGCUGAGAAUGCAGGCCAACGUGUACAAGCCGUCGGAGGUGAAGGCAAAGUCCAUGGCGGAUGAUGACGACCAGCCCAGCACAUCGCGAUCGGCCAUGGCGUCUGGCGGCAGGGGAGGCGGCGGCUUUGCUCUCACCAGCAAUAUGAUCAAGAACCUUAAGCGAACUGCAACUGAUGAACAUGCGGCCAACGACACGGCCAAGCUCACCGAAAAAGCCGAUUCGGAGGUAGAACCACAGGCAGAGGCUGCUCCAAAAUACGACUGGGGCAGUGGCUCCGGAUACUCCCUUGCCCAUCGACAACAGCGGCAAAAUCAGCUGGAAAGCAACGAGGGCGAGGAGAAUCCUAGCCGAGCACCGCCGGUAGUCAAUGUGAUUGGGCCCCGGCAUGCGGUGCUUUUCUCUCUGGACGAAACCAAGAAACAAGCGGACGACCUGCCAGACUCAUUCUUCGACCUGACCGUGAACGACCUGAAGAUGGUGCUGCGCGACCUGAAGCGCACAUCCACAGGGGACGACGACGCCCCACUGCUGACGGCCAAGCUAAGGGAGCUGGAGCGCCAGAAGACCAUGCUGGCGAAGCUGAAUCAGUACAAGGACUGCGUGCUGCGCAUCCAGUUCCCCGAUCGCUUCGUCCUCCAGGGCAUCUUUAAGCCGCACGAGCAGCUGGGCAAGGUGGAGGAGUUUGUGCGCCAGUUUCUGGCCCAGCCCGGCGAGCAGUUUCACCUCUUCACCAUCCCACCGAAGAAGGUGCUGCCGUCCAGUGAAACGCUACUUGAGCUGAAUUUUGUGCCUAAUGCUAUUGUGCACUUCGGCUUCCUCAAGGACGGCCUUAACGCGGAGAGCAAUCGCUUUGUACAGGACCAGUUCGUUGAACAGCUGACCUCGGAGGAGGGGGCGCACUACGCGGUGCAGAAGUACCGCCUUACUCGGGCGGCAUCGCCGGAGACUAAUUUAUAAUAGGGAAAUAGAUGGCUUUAAGCGAACAGUUUGCGUGAUAUUAAAUAUGAAUCCGCUUUAUUUCUAUAAA